UGUAAACUCUGCGACGCCCCAAUAUCCACGUCACCUCCAAGAGACUUGUGUUUUGGUUUGUUGGAGUAGCUUGUUUCGUGACAUCUCCGACAAUUCUUCCUUUUAUUUACAACUGACCGAGGCUGUUUAUGAGCAAAAAUGUCAACCGCAGAGGAUUUCACGCAGCUGCCGCUCCUGAUGUGGCAGAAGGUGUUCGCGAAAGUGAAGAAAGCCGUGGUUUUUAUGGACGACAAGAGUGCAGAGGCUCUCCACUGGAGCGGAGGGGCUGCAGCCUUGCUGCAAGCGGGAGCCAGGAACGUGAAGCAGUUUUCGAGCUUCGAGGCGUGCGGUGAGAACGAGCCCAAAGCCGUGUUCGUGGUGAGCACUCUGUUAAAGGGGAGGACGGUGGACAUCAUAAAAGACAUCAUAUCCCUCAGUCACUUUCAGUACUGCGUCGUCUUCACCGCUGUCCCCCACUCCGUGCACCUGUUCGCCAACAACGUGUCCACAGAAAUGGAGGGCUUCCCCGUGUUUGAGCAGUUCGAGGAGAAGCUCUGCGAGUGGAUGGGGAACAUGAACUACACGGCGGAGGUCAUGCACUCUCCCGUGGUCUUCGCCCCCGUGUCGCAGCAGCUGAUCGUGGCGUCGCCGUUUGCUCACCUGUUUCCCCUGCUCCCAGCAGACCUGGAGAGCAUCAAUGCAAAGCGACCGGAGAAGAAGAGGUUCGGCACUUUGAAUGACCUGGAUGGGCAUUCGCUUCCGGCGGAGCUGCAGAUUGAAAUUAAAAGCUUGGUUUCGGCGUUAAACACGCUGUUUGAGGCUGCAGGGAUCAGGGAAGACAGUUUUGCUGUGGGGCCAAUGAGCCGCAUCAUCGCAGGGGAACUGGCCAAUCACAAUCAGGCGAAAAACCGAAGAAAGACUGCUCCUAAUAAAGCAUCGAUCAUCUUUAUAGACCGAACAAUGGAUCUUACAGGGGCUGUCGGCCAUCACGGUGACAACCUGGUUGAAAAGAUGCUUACCAUGCUUGACCCUUUGCCUGGUCACGUGACGGAUGUGCAAGUGGACAUGUUGGAACUCACAAGUGUACAGAGAACUCCUCACUCUCAGAACACUGUAGCCCCUGGCUGUCUUGCUCAAACCCAGCCGUCCUCUGCGAGGUUGCUGUGGGAGUCGAUGCUCACCAGUAAACACAAAGAAGCUCUGAUGGAAGUCCGACGCCACCUGGUGGAGGCGGCCACCAAGGAGAAGCUGCCAAUCAAGAUGAGUAUGGGUCGUGUGACCCCCGAUCAGCUGUGUUCCUAUGUGAAGUUAUUCCGGAGCAGCUGGGAGGCGCUAGAGAGUCACUGCGGGGUGCUUCAGCUGGGCUUGGCCACGGCCCAGACGCUCCGACACCCCAGAGUGGCCCGCUGGGAUUCCUGUCUGGCUUUCGAAAGACUGCUGCUGCAGGCUCUUGGAGACAGCGACUUCCCGGCCGUGCUGAGGCAGCUGCUGCCCUUAAUAAAGCCCCGCGGAGGCGAGGACAGGUCAUCGUCAGGGUCGAGGCUUGGCCAGGACGAGUGCGGGCCGGACGAGCUGAUCCUCCUCCUGAUCUAUCUGUACACCCUGGCUGAGGAGGCGAAGCACUCAGCGGACGGCGGGGAGGAGGAGCUGGCGAAGCUGGAGCGCGAGCUGAUAGGAGCGCUCACGCUGGUCAUCACCCAGGAGACGGAGCUCAGCCCGCUGCUCCAGAGCCUCACCGGUUGUGCAACCGCAGAGGAACUGAGCACAGAAAGAGCCCACUCUGCAGUGGGGAAGAUGUUUGAGACCCUCCGAGGGUUGAGCCACAUGAGAGACCGCCUCAAGCAGCUGCGCUCCGUCUAUACUGCAAGUGAUGGAGUCCACCAGGCCUCAUACCGCCCGUUCCUGCGACAAGUCCUGGAUGAAGUUUUCCACCCCGACCGACCCGAAUGCCCCGACAUCGAGCACAUGUCAGGGGGGCUCACGGACCUGCUGAAGACCGGAUUCAGCAUGUUCAUGAAGGUGAGCCGUCCGCGUCCCAGAGACAACCCUCUGCUCUUCCUCUUCCUGGUCGGUGGAGUCACGCCGUCGGAGCUCCGCCUCGUCAAGGACGCCGUCGCCGCGCUCAAACCAAGAACACAGGUACUGGUUCUCUCCACCCGCUUACUAAGACCGGCAGAUAUCCCCGAGCUGCUCUUCAGCACCCAGAGACUGCGGCCAGAUGUCGGUUUCUGAAAGGCCGGCGCGAGGAACGAACCUUACCGGCGUUCGCUUGGACAAUCAGGUGUUAAGCUCAAGUAGUUCGAUUUUAUACAAAUGCUGAGGGAUUAAAAAAAAAAAAAAAACAUUCCUGCUCUGUACGUCAGCAAACAAAUCCCUGAACACAAGCGAUUAAAAAAAUAAAUAAAAGAAAAAAAACCUACCUAUGUUUUAUGACUCAAACGCAUCAGUAUAUUAAAUCUGGCAAUAAAGACGUUCACCUUCCAGACAGCUGCAA